AUGGCGUAUUCGACUGACGAUAUCGCAGUAGCGAGGAGCUUGCAGUUCCUUUCGUACAUAUAUGUGUACUUUACUCCGAAUGAGAACACAGGUAAAUGCCGGGAGUUGGAAAAUAUUGAAUCAGGUCUUGGAAUAGUACUAGUCAUUGUCUCCGAAAGUAUCUCUCGUCCCUUCGUAUUAUCUUUUUUUAUCCUUAGAACAUAUGUGCUCUGGAACAGAAAUAGAAUCUUGCUCGCAGCUAUGGUGUGCACCUCUUUCAUGCAACUAGCACAAUCCCGGGAAUCACAGGGUGCUCCCGGAGUUCAUCCAGUUUCCAGUCCUUCGUACCAUUUCUUCUCCUUUCCGUGUUCCAAAUGGGUGUUCUCCCCAGGACUCAUGAUACUCACGCUCAUACGCGCCGUGCAGAACUGGCGGAUGAACUCGAGCCGCAUGUACGGUGUCCUGGUGAGCCAUAACAUAUCCUAUUAUGCAUGCGGUUUUGUGCUCUCGGUAACGAAUAUCUUGAUAUCGCUACUCCUCCAGUUCAUCAUGCUUGUAAUCCUUGCCACGCGCAUGCACCUCCAUCUUUGGGAGGUGAACCGACAUCCAAACGACACUACUAGCACCCUCGUGCCAAUGUCCAACAUGUCAUUUGCAAAUGAUGCAGUACCCCUAACAGAUCAUUUUGUAUGA